AUGGUUGGAUUCCAGGGAUUACAACCGCCCCAGGGACAGCUUUACGAGAACUUUGGAGUUAACUUAACGACGAUUGUGAUCCUGUCCCGCGGGAAAUGUGGUCUGUCCAAAUGCAUCACUCUCUACCUGGUGGCCAUGGCGGUAGCCGAUCUGAUGGUGGUCGUCGUUGUAAUUAUUUUAGAGAGGAUAAAUUAUAUAUAUUUGUUCGCUAAUUUCCUGCUCGUAACUCCGACGUGUUCUCUGCUACUUGUCCUGAGUCUCGGUACCUGGGACUGUUCCGUUUGGUUGACGGUAUCUUUCACUUUCGAUCGUUGUGUCGCCAUCUGCUGUCAGAAGGUGCGGUACCGAUAUUGCACCGAGAGAACAGCGUCUGUGGUGAUCGCAACCGUGAGUGCCGCGUGUUGUCUCAAGGCCGUUCCGUCUUACUUUGCUGUGGAUCGAUGGCGUUGUGUCCCCGCAGCUGAAUACGUCACAUCGCCCCUGUGGAAAGCCUACCAAGUAUUUGAAAACAUCACAGCACCGGUAUUACCUAUCUGUUUAAUUCUGCUCUUUAAUGUUUUAACCGUCAACCGGAUUAUAGCGACAAACAGAGUUCGCCGGAUACUUCGAAAAAGCAGCGAAAAUCGUGAUGAUCCGGAGGUGGCAAACCGGAGAAAAUCAAUGAUUCUGUUAUUCGCUCUUUCAGCCAAUUUUAUAUUAAUUUGGAUUCCCCAUCUCGUAUUUUCUGUGAACUGGCAAGUCGAAAACUAUUUCUAUACAGAUAGAUAUUUCAGCAAACCGACCUAUAUCCUGCAGGAAUGUGGUUACAUGUUGUCCUCUCUCAGUACCUGCACCAACACGUUUAUCUAUGGACUGACACAGAGAAAAUUCAAGGAGGAGCUGAAAAUUGGAGUGAUGUACCUGUUUGUAGCAAUGGGGCAGAUUUGCAAAUAA